CUGGGAAAGGUUCUAGUACUCGUCAGCACCUGAUUGGUCCAAGGCGGACUUCCCACCGAUACCGGUAGGCGACGUCGAAAUUCCAACUGGCCCGUCCCACCGACAUCUCGUUUGUACCUCUACGGUGCCCAACACAUCAUGCCGGCACAUACAGUUCUGUUCUGGGCGUCAUUGCCCGUUCUGCUAGGCGUUCUCUUUUACCAGAUUGAUAUCCAGACUUUCCUCCCACCAUCGUUACACGCAUAUACUGGCUUUCGGAUAAUCCGCAGCCUCUUCGAAGAAACACACUGUUACGCUUCAAUCACCACAUUGUCAUCUGGUCUUCCUAAUGCUGAGUGCUUCAGCGUGGCAAAUGGAAAGUUCUCGCGUGUUUUCAAGAACGACUUCAACCAGCAAGACUCAUCCUCUGAUGCUGUGAAAGGAGCGCAUGCUGGAUACGUGUACCCCGGUCUCUGGGAUGGACACGGUCAUUUGAUCCAGUAUGGCGAGCUCCUUAAUUCCGUUGAUCUCUUUGGUACAAAAUCAAUGGCAGAGGUGCAAGAGCGACUUGUGCAGUACAAGGCAGAUCGGCCAGAGCAAGGCACGAGCCAGCACUGGAUAAGAGGUGUUGGUUGGGAUCAGGCCAACUUUAAAGGGGAAUGGCCAGCUACGUCUGAUCUUGAGAUCAACGAAGUCUUCAAGGAUCAGUAUGUCAUGCUUGAUCGCGUUGACGUUCACUGUAUCUGGGUCUCUAAUAAGGUUCUUGAUCUCCUUCCCUCACCACUGCCCGAGGUUCCGGCUGGAGGCGAAGUCGUAGCUAGGGGAGUCUUUUGCGAUAACGCGAUGGACAUGGUUCUAGAGUACUACCCCAAACCUGGUAAAGAUCGUAAAACGAAGUUUGUCAAAGAUGCCAUGGUUGAGCUUAACAAAUUGGGCAUUGUUGGGAUGCACGAUGCCGGUGUUGUCCCCAAUGACCUCGAGCUCUACCACCAGCUGUCGAGCGACGUGCAGUGGACUGUGAGAGUCAAUGCGAUGAUCGAGUGCGAUGUCCGCAAUACGUUCUGUCCCAACAAAGUCAAGAAAAUCAGUACGCCAAAUGGCAGGUUCCACGUUCGUAGCGUGAAGUUAUUUGGCGAUGGAGCGCUCGGAAGCUGGGGAAGCGCUAUGAUCGAGCCUUACAGCGAUAAAGAGACAUCGACUGGCUCCUUGCUGGUGAAUGCGACUGUUCUGUCGUCGCUAACUCAGAACUGGGCGGCUGAAGGGUAUCAAGUGAACACCCACGCCAUAGGUGACUUGGCUAAUAGGCUCGCUAUUGAUGCGUUUGAGAUCACCUUGAAGCUGCAAUGCCCCGACAUCGCAAAACUCAAGCAGUGUCAACAGGAACAAUUCCGCUUCCGUAUUGAGCACGCGCAAAUCAUCCAUCCGGAUGAUCAGCGCCGGAUGCUUGAGCUUGGCAUCAUACCUUCAAUUCAACCCACUCACGCUACCUCAGACAUGGGAUAUGCGGAGUCGAGACUUGGCAAGCAGCGUACGGCAGAGGAAGCGUACAGGAUGCGCUCGCUCUUGCCUCUCGGUCCGGUCCUUGGUAGCGACUUCCCGGUUGAACCAGCCAGCAUAUUCGAAGGCAUGUAUGCGGCAAUAACAAGGCGUAGCCCGCGAACAGGUCUCGAUCCUAGCGGAGGCAAGGAUGGCUGGUAUCCUGAGGAAACCCUCACCAUUGAGGACGCGUUAAAGGGCUUCACCGUCAACCCUGCAUAUGGUGCCUUUCUGGAUGGAAAUGCUGGUGUGAUCACGGAAGACGCGUGGGCAGACUGGGUUGUACUCGAUCAGCCAUUGGAAGGGUUGGACACAGAAGACCUUCGAAAGAUUGCUGUAAGAGAGACGUGGGUCGGCGGUAAGUUGGUUUACCAACGCCUCGACUAGUGAGAAUGCGAGUCUCGUCUGCUGCACGCUCUCUCGAGCAGCUAUUACAUACUGAUGCGCUGCAAGCGCAUGUGAUACCCGUAAUAAUAAAAGGGAACGUUACUAAGUCCGCAAGUGGAUAGACUAGGGUACACCCGCCCGCAGGACCCUGGGGGCUGUGUCGGAUGGGUUACGUUACUAUGAACAAGCACGACCUUCUACCUUCCCGUUUGCUCACCCACUUGGCUUAGUUUUUGUCUGUCAAAGAUUU